AUGCGGGCGAGAAUAGAGAAGAUUGGACACGAGUCUGCCGAGGAUCUGUACCCGAUUUUCAUUCCAGAAUUCAUGGGCCCGGGUGGCAGAGACGACGGGCCGACUCGACGGGGGGAAACUGAUGACCUGUCGCAAUCCGACGACGCGGACAGUGUCGACGCUCAGAUGCGUGACCGCAGCAUGAGUCUUCCGAAACGGGUCCUGGAAUUGCAUCCGCUUCACAUGCACGUUCGCCGAAAAUCGUCAGUCAGUUCGACCAGCUCGUCAGAUGGCGGCAGCAAUGACAAUCAGCACCAGAACAACCACCACCACCACCAUCACCAUCACCAUCAAGGACCACUUUCCAAGGCCCUGGCAGCCAUCGACACCAACCUGAGGCGAUUGUCUCUACAUUCCUUGGAGCACUGGCGGCAACGCAACCGG